AACCCACCUGCUCAAAUUGUCUCCAUCGCGAUGUCGUCUGCACCCCAGAAAGACUCACCCAUCGCCAUCAUCGGCGCCGGCGUUUUCGGCCUCUCGAGCGCCAUCCACCUCGCUAAACGGGGCUACUCCAACAUCACCGUCUUCGACCGACAGCCCUACCACGAGACUUUAUACGACUUUGACCGAGGCUGUGAUGCCGCUUCUGCCGGUACAACCUUACAUCUACCUCCCUCAAUUAAUGCCUAACUAACCCGACCAGACUGCAACAAAAUCAUCCGCGCCGCCUACGGCCACGAAUCAUGGUACCAAGACCUGACUCUCACGGCCAUCAAGGAGUGGGAAUCAUGGAACGAAUCGCUCUCCACCGGUAAGGUCCUUCCCCCCGGAAUGACCCCCUCCGAGAGCAUCUACGUCAACUGCGGAAAUUACCGCUUCGGCAGCGACAGCGAGCAGGGGCUGAACGCGUUUGAAAAAGCCUCUGUCGAGAAUAUCUCGCGCGCAGGGCUCGCUCACACGCAGUAUCUUUUCGGCGAAAAGGCUGAGGAUGUGGACCGCGCGAGGAGAGAUGGGUUAGGAUAUGCGGUUGAUCCGUUUAAUCUGGCGUCUUCGACGGAGAGCGGGGGGAAGAAGUAUAAAGGCUAUCUGGACGCGAUCGGCGGGUUCGUCUACGCCGAUAAGGCGUGUCGGUUUGCGCUGCACCUUGCCGGGCGACUUGGGGUUCGAGUCGUCCUGGAUCGUCAGGCGGGACAGUUCGAGGGAUUCGAGUACCAGGGGGAUCGCGUCACGGGCAUCCGGACGGCCGAUGGCAAGACGCACGCUGCGGUGCUGACGAUCGUGGCCUGUGGAGGGUGGACGCCGUCUCUGCUGCCGGAGAUGGACGGGUUGUGCGAGACGACGGCGGGGUCUGUGGCGAUGGUGCAGAUUCCCGAGGGAUCGCCGCUGAGAGAGCGCUUCUCUGCGAAGAACUUCCCCGUUUUUUCGUGGAAUGUGCGCUCGGGGCAGAAUGGGAAUCUGUACGGCUUUCCGCUGGAUGAUAGAGGCGUGUUGAAGAUCGGGUACCGCGGGACGAAGUAUACGAAUCCGCAGGUUCAAGUACAGGCCUCUGGACAGGGGAAGGGACAAGUGCGCAGUACGCCUAUCACUAAGUGGAGUUCGCCCUCUGUCACCGGUCUCCCGGAGAAAUCAGUCCAAGUCGUUCAGCACUUCCUGGACACGUAUCUCCCCGAGCUGAAGGACGCGGGGAUCGGCAUCUCGCAGACGCGACUGUGCUGGUACACGGACAGCUACGACAACCAGUGGGUGAUUGAUCGGGUACCUGGGAAAGAGGGGGUUGUGGUGGCGACGGGGGGGAGUGGACAUGCGUUCAAGUUUCUGCCGGUGUUGGGGCAGCUGGUGGCGGAUCGUGUCGAGGGGGUGGAGUCGGAGCUGCUCAGUCGUCUGCAGUGGCGCAAGCUGCAGGAGGGGGAGAAGGCGCAGAAGGUGCUUAUGAAGGGGUUUGAUGACGAGUAUGCGUUGCAGAAUGUAAGGAUGGUGGGGGAGAGUAGGCCGAAAUUGUAGGUUUAUUAUUGCAGUGCCAGGGAUGUUAUGUCUUCGAAACUUCAAUGGAACGGUCUGCUUU